UCGCGUGUUCUGCUCGAUCCUCAUCCCACUCCUACAACCCUCAUCUCCCCCCGCUCUGGCACCGCUGCUUCCGCUCUAAGAAGAUGAAAGAAACUAUCAUGAACCAAGAAAAGCUUGCUAAGCUCCAGGCCCAAGUGCGCAUUGGUGGCAAGGGUACUGCCCGCAGAAAGAAGAAGGUUGUCCAUAGAACAGCUACAGCAGAUGACAAGAAACUUCAGUUUUCUUUGAAGAAACUGGGUGUCAACAAUAUUUCUGGAAUCGAAGAGGUAAAUAUGUUCACCAGCCAAGGAACAGUCAUUCACUUCAAUAACCCUAAAGUUCAGGCAUCCCUGGCUGCUAACACUUUCACUAUCACUGGUCAUGCUGAGACAAAGCAGCUGACAGAAAUGCUUCCUAGCAUCUUAAAUCAGCUUGGAGCUGACAGUUUGACUAGCCUGAGAAGAUUGGCAGAAGCCCUACCCAAGCAAUCUCUGGAUGGAAAAGCACCACUCGCUACUGGUGGUGAUGAUGAUGACGAUGAUGAAGUUCCAGAUCUUGUUGAAAACUUUGAUGAAGCUUCAAAGAAUGAGGCAAACUGAACUAAGUGACACUUUGUGAAUAAAAUUAAAACUUGAAAAAGCUACAUGGAGCUGCUAUUUUAUAUUGUGACUGCUUUUAUUUGAUUUCAUUUUUAUUUCCUGAUGAGGGCUCAAGAUGUGUAAUAUUUGGAAACUCCUGAACCUGCAGCUCUUAUUCAGUUAUUGCUUGUACACAGUAUUGUUUCUGUGGCCUAGUUUAACAAGCCUAUGCUUCGAAAUAAGUCAGAUUGCUAAUCAAUCUCUACCUAGACACAAAUUUUGAGCAACUUGUCUACAAGCAAAACCCCAUCUUUAAUGAACUUUGCCAUACAAUAAAGAAUAUAAAA